AAUAGAAAAAAAAGAUACUCAUUCUUCUCUCCCUCCUCCUACAGAGCUUGAUCUUCCCUGAGAUUUUAGCCACUCCAAACAACUACUUCAAAUACCACAAUGCAGCUAAUCAGUAACAUGCUACUGGAGUGUUUUAAUGACACUCGCAGAGGAUGGUAGAUAGGAGCAUGGUGGGCAUGAAGAUGCAGAGAGGGAGCGAGUCUGAAACACUAGAAUAGUGGAAAGACAAAGAGCUGCAUCUCAUUAGGCUCCAUUAACUCUAAAUAUCGGUUGACUAUAAUAAAUACGACUUCAUUAUGUAAUAAGGUUAGCAUUAGAGAUUAUAAGUUUUUAUUAAAGGUAGGAAACAUCUGUUCUGAACACUCCCAGAACAUUUGGUGAAUUUUAUCACCAUAGAGAAUUAGGAAUUUCUCAGAUACUCCUCCUCUGCUGUGCCUUUGUUUUGACUCACUGGUAGAGCAAGAAUCAGACAGAAUCAAACUCUUUGAGGUGUCAGUCAUCUUUACUGGAUUUCUGCCUUGAUGUGCAACAGUUUUUCCAUAUAAAGCGGAUAAGUAGCCGUACCAUGGCCCUUCUCAUUGGAGUCAUUAUACUGUCGAUUUGCACCCAGUCUUUGAAGGCAUCGGAUGGCUGCAGUGGGGAUCUGGCUCGCCUGCAGGAGAGGGAGCAGCUUCUGAAGAGACAGCUUCAGAAACAGGAGCUCCUCCUACGCAGAUUACUCCUGAUGAACCAACAGAAUGACAUCACCCUACCCAGGUCUGACCAGGUCCAGGACACCCAGUACACAGACUGCUCCCAGGUCUAUGGUUCUGGCUUAAAAUCCAGCGGGCUGUAUCGGAUCAAGCCCAGUGGGAGCCCUUCAACGGUUAAAGUCUACUGUGAUAUGACUGAUGGAGGAGGCUGGACCGUCCUGCAGAGGCGGAUCAACGGCACGGAGUCGUUUAACAGGUCAUGGACAGACUACAAAGAUGGGUUCGGAGAUUUGAAUGCAGAAUUUUGGCUCGGAAAUGACAACCUGCAUCUUCUCACAACACAAGGGAAUUAUUCAGUGAGGAUCAACUUGGAAGACUUUGAUGGUCACCAGCGAUACGCGGAGUACAAAAACUUCCAAGUCGCAAAUGAAAAGGAUCAGUACCGCCUUACCUUCGGCGCCUACGUUGGUACCGCCGGAGAUGCUUUGACUGGAAGCUAUCAGGCUCCUGAUUCCAAGUGGGCUGGUCACCAGGGCAUGAAAUUCAGCACUUACGACCAAGACAACGACAACUACAGAGGCAGCUGCGCUCAGGAGGACAAGGGAGGCUGGUGGUUCAAUAAAUGCCACUCGGCCAAUCUCAACGGCGUGUACUACCCCAACGGACACUACAGCGCUGUGACAGACGAUGGUGUGGUCUGGUACCCAUGGAGAGGCUGGUGGUACUCACUGAAGAGCUGCGUUAUGAAGCUCAGACCCAUAGAGCACAAAACGGACCUCACCAGCGACCAGAUAGCAGCUCCUCUCAGGGGACCCUCCUAGAAUGACUUUGCUUCAGCAAAUCAUAAAUAAAAUACUCUGCUUUCAAUAAUCUCUUUAUAAGUUUUUAAGCUGCAAGGAUUGUUUCUAAAUCAUAAAAACUCUAAAUGCCACAAGUGAAACGGGAAGAUAACAGAAGUAUUCCUAAAAUGCACAAGUAAGGGGAAAAACUGAGGACUUGUGAAAGUUUGAGUCAGGUUUAGAGACAUGAAUGUUGCAAGAGGAAGUUGCAUCUAGAUGUCUGCUUUGAAGGAGCAAAUGGAAGUUUGAUGUCAGUUUUACAGAUGAGUAACAGCAGAAACAUUAUUUUUUUUAUUGCACAGCUGCUACUGACUGAACAGGUGUAUUUUAACCGUUUAACAGGGUGGUUUAUUAUCCUUUUUUCCAAGAUUUAAGAAUUUCUAUCAAAUGUAUUUAGAAAAAUGUAGCUACAUUAAAAUAAAAUGUUCUGCAAUUAAACAGCAUG